AUGCUUAAAUUAUUCCAACUUGACCAACAAAUAUUUUUAGAAAACUUCUGCUAAAUAUUACGUGAAAUAAAAGAAUAGGCUUAACAAAAUUAAACACUUGUAAUGAAAAAACUAGAAUCAGGGUAUAUAAGUAUUAUAAAAAUAGAAAUUCUUUGUGUUGGAAUCUUCGAGGGGGUGGGGGAUGUAUAUGGGGAAGCAAAUCCUAAAUACACAACUCAGAAAAAUAAAGUUAAAGAAAAUUAUAACUCCCUUAAAAUUUUGCAUCUAAUUUAGAAAAAUACUCUGAAUCAAUAAAUUAAAAUUCUAAAUAAUUAUUGGAUAAUGACAAUAGGGAAGAAUUAUUAAUUGCUAUUUAAUGGUUUAUUUACAAUAAAUAUUAUAUCAAUUAAUUAGUUAAAGAUGAAUGUAAGGCAAUAUAAUAUUAAGAAAAAAUAAUAGUUUCUAUAGAAAAAAUCAUCUAAACUAUUCCUACAUUUGUGAAAGCUUCAUGUUUUUUAUGUCAUGAAGUAUUGCAAAUUCUUAAUGAUCUUCUAAGAUUUCUUUUUAUUAGAAAAAGUAAAUUUGAAGUUGAAAGCAAUCUUUAAGAUAAACUUCUGCAUUAAAUUAUAUCAGCAGAAAGUUAAAUUUAAGGCAGCCUUAUAUAAAUUUGGGAAACAGGAAUAAAAUUUGAGCUUUAAGUGGCUAAAUUAGCUCUUGAAAAUUUAUAAACUAGAGACGGCUAAGAAAUUGUAUAAAAUUUAAUAAAAUGAUUGGUUUUCUCUAUUUUUACUUAAAACAUAACUGAAGGUUUUUUAGAUCAAAUAUUUCAGGCAGGAAAAUAUUUAUUUAAUUAAGCAUAAGCUAAAAUUGCUGAAAAGUAAUAUGAGUUUUAUUUUUUUUUUGAAUAAUUAAAAUGGAAUAUCAUAGAAUCAUUACAAGAAGGAAAUACAAAUACUAUUUUAUUACAAAUAAAAUUAUCUAAAGCAUAUGAAGAUUAUAUACUUAAUUCGAAAAAUUGGAUGCCACAUUUUUGUUGGGUGAAAAUGCUUUCUGAUUUAAUUUCAUACAGACCUUUAGUUCAUAAAAAAGAUUUGUUUAAAGAUUUUUAAGAAGAAAAAUAAAACUAAUAAUGGAAAAUUGAAAGAAAUUCUGAAUUCAUUAGAGUUUCUUCUUAUGAUUAAAAUUUUGGGACGGUUAUCUUUAAUAAGUAAGAAUUUAAGGAUAUUUAUAUAAAUUUUAGAAAAAUAGAAUAGUUCUAAUAAUUUUUGAUGUUAGAAUAUGGUUUAAAUUAAGAGUAAUAAACAUUUAAGACACUUUUAGAUUAUGUAAAACUAACUUUGUAAUAGGAUGAAAAAGAAUGUGAUGAUAGAGAUUUAGUAAAUUUUCUUCUUUUUGAAAAUCCUAAUCUUGAUUUUUUAAAGAGUAAUAUGAAUUAUUUAAAUUAUUUGAAUGACCAAAAUAAAGAUUUAGUCACCAAAAUCUUGUGGGAAAAUAAUGAUUACGAGAAAAAACCAUUGGAGCUAAUAAAUUAAAAUCUAUUUAAAAUUACCAUAAUAAUUUAAGAAAUAUUUAUCCAAAUAAGACUUUAUCAAAAGUAGAUAUAUUUGGCGAGUAAAAUAAUCUAAGUUGUUCCUAUUCAGAAUAAGAAUGAAUAAUAAGAAUUAAAUUAAUUAUUUAAUUAAACUUAAAGCUAAAAUUUUUGUAGACUUUAAUGUGAAAUAAUCAUGAGAAAUUCAACAACAACAGAAACUUUGAAAAAGGAAAUUCAAGAUGCUAACCAAUAUUAUACGAAAUUCAUAUAGAAUUUAAAGAAACAUAUUGCAGUGCUUGUGAAUUAUGAAAAAGAACUGAUUUAAAAAUAGGAUCAACAGGAAAGUGUAACUACACUUAUUAAAAAUAUAAGCGAAUUUCCUACAAUGUUGAAAGAAAUAUUUAAUUUUCAGAUUUAUCAAUAAUUUAUAACUAUUAUUUGUGAAUAACACAACAAACUGAUUGUUACAGAAAAUUAAAAAGAAAUAUUGUCAUAAUAAGUUAAACUGCUUUAAUUAUUAUAAAACGUAAUCUAGUAAAUCUAAAAAAAAUAUUCAAAAAUGAAUAAAUGGAUACAAACUAUGAAUGAUGAUGAAAAUACUUUGUUAUAAUUGAUAGAUUAGAAGAAGUAACAGUAAAUUAUCGAGUAGAUAUAAAUGAUAUAAAGUUAUUUCAGAUAGGAAUUAGAGGAAAUUAAAUCAUUAAAACUAUCUUCUCGAGAAUUUCUUGAUUAAUCCAAAAAAGAUGAGCUCAAGACUUUAAUUUAAAAAAAUAAGGAAAAAAUUAAAAAAAAUAAUCUGAAUCACAAUUAGAAUAAAAUUUAUUUUUUAACUGCCUCCAAAAUUUAAAUUAUCCUUUCUCAAAUAAAAUCUUAAGCUGAUAUCAAGAAAUUAGAUGAUAUCAUACAGAUGUACGAAAAAUCCAUCUAAUAGAAUUAAACUCAAAUGUCCUUAAUAUUGAGAUCUAAAACUACUAUAGAUGGAAGGUAAAAUUUAUAAAAAUAUAUUAUUAAUUUUACUAAGAAUGAAACAUUGAUGAAUUAGUUUAUGGAUGGAAUAAAAAAUCACAUUGAAAAUUUAUAAAAUUUUUAUGAUUAUUUAAAUGUCAAGGAUAACAAUGAUGAUGAACUUAUAUUUCAAGAAUAUAUGAAGAAAACAGUAAAAAAUUUUCAAGCAGAAUUUAUUGAUAAUAUAACAAAAUUAGAAUGCUACGAACUAAACCAGAAUGAUAAUUCUUCAUUAGAAUAUUAAUUUAGACAAGUAGCUAACUUUUUUCAAACAGUUGCUAUUUCAUUAAAUUUUAAAUAUUCUGAUUUGGAGUUUAGAAAUCCACAAAAAAAUGCAAGAGAUCGCAGUUCUGAUUACAGAGUUAGGGAAUGUUUAUUUUUCAGUGUUAUGAAAAUUCAAAAUAUAAUAAAAGAACCACAAGUAAUUCAAUUUUGUUAAUUAAUAAUUCAAUAAUUAUGGAUGGUAGAAAAAAAUGAGAAUGUUCGUAAUAUCUUUAAAGAUAAAGAAAUGAUAGAAGAAUAGAAAAAACUAUAUUCACAUGAAUUACACACUUUUACCUAAAAAGUCUAAUAAGAAUUUAAAGCAAAAUUAUAUGAAUUGAAAAAAUUAGAAUCAGAAAUUAGAUAAGAAGGUCUAUAAAGUGAUAAAAUUGAAUUGACAUUAAAACUAUAAGAAAAAUACAGUGAAUUUCAGGAAAAUUUAAAUAAUAUAAAUGAAAUGACAUAACAAGUAAAUUUAAGUUUUGUCUUUUUGACAGAAAUUCAUAAGGAUUUAUAGAAUCUCUAAAGAAAAAUUGAUAAAAUAUAAACAGGUGUUGAUAAUAUAUUAACAGAUGUUAGACAGCUAAGAGGUAAGUCGUAUAAAGAAUUAUUAAUAAUGAGAAGAAAUAAAGUCUUACAUGAAUAAUCAAUCGCAAAUAUGAAUUCAAUAUACAUAAAACUAAAAACAAAUAGAAGAACUUAUAGUUCAAAUAAUAACAAAUAUCAUUAAGACAAAUAUGAUGCGAAAAUUCAUUUUUUACUAUAAGAAGAAGAUGACGAAAAUGGGAAUGAAGUAAAAUAAGCUGAUGUGAAUUUAUUUUUAGAUUUUGAUAAAAAAAGUGAUGUAAUGCUAAUUAGAGGUUAAGCUGGAUCUGGAAAAAGUAGAGCAGCAAAAAAAAUAGAAGAAUUUAUUUGGAAAAGACAUUAAAGAAAUCAAUAGGAUUGGAUUCCAAUAUUUAUUUCAUUGCCAUCCCUCAAAGAUCCAAUUAAAAAUCUGUUUAACGAAGCAAUGGAAUCAGAUUAUUAUCAUUUUGAUAGAAUCUAAAUAAGAGAGUUAAAAGAUGCAAUAUCCAAUAAUAGAGAACGUGUAGUAUUGAUUCUUGAUAGUUACGAUGAAUUAAAAAAUGAUAUAAAAAGCAAAAAUCUUUAUUAAACUAAUGAUUUAGCUUAAUAGUUCAACAUUAAACCUGAAGAUAAUAAGAAUCUUAAAAUUAUCAUCACAACAAGAUCAGAAUUAUUAUAAGAUAAAAACUUCGCUAGUUGGUUUGUUGGAUCAGAUAUUAAAGCUUUCAUUGACAUUGAACUUUAAUAGUUUUCAGAGAAGGAAAUUAAAGAAUAUCUUGACAAAUAUAGUCAUCUAAGUGUUAAAAAUAAAAUAUAUGGUUUAUAUGAAUAUGUAUAGUAAAUUGAGGGUAAAAAAGUUGACCCAGAAGAUGUGAAAUUAAUUUAAUCAAAAAUUAGCCCUUUUAUAAAGAAAUAAUCAAUUGAUAAUAUUGAAGUUGACAAAAAAUAAAUCUUGCUAAAUGGUCAUAAAGUUAAAAACAUACUUGAUAAUAUAAAAUUACUUCCUUAUUUUAAAAACUUAAGGGAUGAACAAAUAAUAAAAUUAGAAAAAGAACUUCUUGAAUUGUGGAGCUAGGAAAAGUAUUAAGAUUCUAUUGAUAAUUUAAAUAUAAGUAAUAUCUUAUAAACCCCAUAUAUGAUGGAAAUUGUAGUGUAGGUUUUGCCUAAUUUUGCCAAAAUUUAUUCUGAAGUGGCUUAAAUAAAAGAGCUAUUUAAAAAAANUAUAAAGAAUUAUUAAUAAUGA